AUGGUUGAUGCACAACCCUCUGGGCAGGACAACGCCCGGAUCCACGUUGCCCUGCGAUAUGAGGCUCUGGACACCCUGGCCUUGCACAAGCUAGUGACAGUGCCCGAAGCCGGUGCCAUCAGCACGUUUGUGGGCAUCACCCGCAACACCUUUCAAGGCAAGAUGGUAGCUCGUCUAGAGUAUGAGGCCUACGAGACGAUGGCUGUCAAAAAGAUGCGCGCCAUUGCCGCCACGUGUCUGGAGCGCUGGGAUCUGGAGCGCUGUGCCAUCGAGCAUCGCCUGGGGUCCGUCCCGGUUUCUGAAGCAAGCGUGGCUAUUUACAUCUCAUCGGCUCAUCGACGAGCUGGCCUCGACGCAGUGGCUUUUGCUAUUGACGAACUCAAGGCCACCGUUCCCGUGUUCAAGCGCGAAGUCUAUGUCGACGGCCAAGCCGAAUGGAAGCGCAAUUGCAGUGGCUGCGCUCGUCCCCAUCCGACUCAUUGA